AUGAUUAGAUGGCAUUAUAGAUUACAAUUCCGAUGUCCUAAAGAUCCGGAACUUCACUAUCAAAAGAUUAAGUGCCCUGUGUAUAAGAUAUUUCCCCGUAGUGAGACGAUAAUCGAAUGCACUGUCUCCAACCCAGAACAGAAAGUUGGAUUAAUCUUAGAUCAACACCUUUCAGACUCACUCUUAAUAGCCAAUUGCAUAGUUUCUGUAAAGAAUAAUAAUCGAGUGAAUAUAUCCGUAGUAAAUACAUCGGAGGAACUAAUAACUUUAGAUUCUGAUAUUAAAGUUAGAAUACAACCCCUCCAUGUCAAUUCCUUCCAAGUAGACCCUGAUAUCACCUCUGCUAAAUCGACAAUUUCUCGUAGGGAAGAAGUACUAAAUCUAUUAAGAACUGAUCACUUAAAUGAUGAAGAGAAAAACUCCUUAACCGAUAUUUGUUCGCAAUAUUUUGACAUUUUUUAUUUACCAGGUGACAAACUGACUACUACUGACCUUCUUAAACAUGAAAUAAAUACACAUCCCGCUGAGCCAAUUAAUGUGAAAUCUUACCGUUUCCCUGAGAUUCAUAAAAAGAAGUAG